AAUAAAUUGGUGGUCAGAAAAAGUGCCAACAAGAACUGUUAACUGUUACUGCUGGUUCAGAUUUGUGUAAAUUAGUUAUAUAAAGCAUGUUUAAUUCAAGUAGGAGAACAAGUCGCCCCUUUACAGUGCUUGUUGAAGGCAAUAUAGGCAGUGGAAAGACAACCUUUUUAAAUUACUUUGAUCGCCAUCAAAAUGUGUCUGUUCUUGCAGAACCAAUUGAGCUUUGGAGAAAUUGUGAUGGUCAUAAUUUAUUGGGACUUAUGUACGAGGAUUCACAAAAGUGGAGUUUCACCUUUCAGUCGUAUGUUCAGCUAACGAUGCUACAACAUCACUGUCAUCGUUCCUCCCACCCCAUUAAACUAAUGGAAAGAUCUGUAUAUAGUGCUAAGUACUGCUUCGUAGAGAAAAUGAGGCGUGACAAUAUUCUCUCAGAAGCUUCAGCUGCGGUGAUUGACGAACAUUUUCAAUGGUUAAUUAAUAAUCCUAAUACCGCAGCAGACUUAAUAGUAUAUCUACGAACCAGCCCAGAAAUUGCUUAUGAACGUAUAAUUGAAAGGAGUCGUGUGGAAGAAAAAUUUAUAUCAAUUGACUAUCUCAGGGAAUUACAUAAUAUUCAUGAGGAGUGGUUGUUCUACAAGAAUUUGCAUUACUGUCCAGCACCUGUAAUAGUAUUAAACGCUGACCUCGAUAAAUCAUCAAUAGAAGAGGAGUACCAAAAAUGUCACUACCAUAUUUUCAAUGAUAUUCCGAUCUCCGUUCAAGGAUAACUCAGGAAUUUAAUAUGAUCUCGUCUUUUUAUUUUUAUCCUUAACAUUUCAAAUACUUUAUUAGUUUUAAUUUCUACAACGUUAAGACUCAUUUAUAUUAUA